GUUGCUUUGGAUGUCAUCUUCUAGCAAAGAAAUGAAUCCUUCUGUUGGACAUGAACAGCAUGAUUAAACACAAGACUGAAGCACUUCUCUUGAAAAGGAAGGAGUUUCCCUACAUAAAAAUUCAAGCCAACUCUCGACAAAGCAUCGAUCCACCAAAACAAUGGCUUCAACUUUGAGUUCUUCAUUCAUUUCCCCUGCCUUGAUCAUCUUGCUACUCUACGUAUCUUCCUCAUCCAACAAUCUGGCAGCAAAACACACCUACUCUGCCUCUCCUCACCACCGCCACCACAACCGUUCCCCGUUUCCGAAUCCAAAACUCCAGCAAGCUUAUAAUGCCCUCCAGGCUUGGAAACGAGUCAUCUACUCAGACCCCCAUAAUUUCACCUCUAACUGGGUUGGUCAUGAUGUAUGCAACUAUACAGGCGUGUUUUGUGCACCUCCCCCUUAUGACAAAAAAAUAAAAGUAGUUGCUGGCAUUGAUCUUAACGGUGCUGAUAUAGCCGGCUUUCUCCCUGAUGAAUUUGGCCUGCUCUCAGACCUUGCACUCAUCCAUAUCAAUAGCAAUCGCUUCUGUGGCAUCCUGCCACAAACUUUAGCCAACCUUUCACUUCUCUUCGAGCUUGAUCUUAGUAACAAUAGGUUUGUAGGCCCUUUUCCAUACGUUGUUCUGUCUCUUCCUUCUUUGCAAUAUCUUGACAUUCGAUAUAAUGAGUUUGAAGGGCCAUUGCCUGCUCAACUUUUCAGUAGAAGUCUCGAUGCCAUAUUUGUUAAUAACAACCGAUUCUCUAAUGUGAUACCAUCCAAUUUCGUUGGAAGUUCAGCUUCUGUUGUGGUAUUUGCCAACAACAAACUUGGAGGCUGCCUGCCACCAAGUAUUUCUAACUUUGCGAAUACUUUGGAGGAGCUGCUAUUAAUUAACACUAGUUUGUCAGGGUGUUUGCCACCGGAGGUUGGUUACCUUUACAAACUAAAGGUGUUAGAUGUGAGCAAUAAUAACUUAGUUGGUCCUAUACCUUACAGCCUUGCAGGGUUAGCACAUUUGGAGCAGCUAAACUUGGCGCAUAACAUGAUGACCGGGAUUGUACCGAUGGGAGUUUGUAUCCUACCAAACCUGGCAAAUUUUACCUUCUCUUAUAACUUUUUCUGCGAGGAGGAGGGGAUUUGCCAGAACUUGACAUCUAAUGGUAUAGCUUUCGAUGAUCGCCGAAACUGUUUGCCAGAGAAGCCAAACCAGAGAAGUCAGAAAGAAUGUCAAGGUGUGCUUGAACAUCCAGUGGACUGCUUUCAUUACCACUGCGGUGGCGUUCGUGGCAGUUCGGCCGCAGUUCCACCAACCAUGAUGCCCGCAGGCACACCACUUUCGUCACCUGCUAUGGCUCCUGGCUAUGUGUAAAUAAGCAUGUAAGAUAGUUAAUAAUUGUAAAAGCCAGAAUAAGGUAGUAUAUAAGAUAUUAUAAAUAGUUUAUUGAGAUUUUAAGUUGGUAGAAGGUAGAUGAAGAAUUUAUGUUUCUAAACCUUGAAAAAAAAUAUCAGUUUGAUGUAACGCUGCUAUUUUGUUUGUUUCAAUUUGUUAAUGGUAAGUAAUAGGGGUAUUACAUA